CGGAAAUGGAGGAUGAUAUGAGGGAUGGUGAAGGAAGUUAUGGGUGGAAACUGGUAGAAAUAAAGAAAAUUCGUGAUUUAAUUUCAGAUACGGAUAGUGACAAGGGUAGUCAUCUCGCAAGAAGGAGAAAGAAGAAGUAACGUUAACUUAUAAGGUGGCGGGAAUGCACCAUUUAAGUUUGGUUUGCCAACCGCAUUAAACUUGAGAGGAAGAAGAUGAAGACGACAGAAUGAUGUAGGACUCUUAAUUUGAAAAAGGAAGAACUGACAUCAUCCGCUGUGUGCCCAGUAUCCCAGCGUAAGAUGGACGGCUUGAGCAGUCACAGUGUUUAUGUGCUACAGCAGUUACAAGAGCAACGCAUUCAGGGUUUACUGUGUGACUGCAUGCUGGUGGUGAAGGGCGUCUGUUUCAAAGCACACAAGAACGUGCUCGCUGCCUUUAGUGCGUACUUCAGAUCUUUGUUUCAGAACUCUCCGGCACAGAAGAACGAUGUUUUUCACCUGAGCAUUCAGGAUGUGGGUGGGAUUGGUCAGAUUCUGGAUUAUAUGUACACCUCACACCUGGAGCUCAACCAAGACAAUGUUCACACACUGAUGGAGAUCGCACAGAUCCUGCAGGUGUCUAGUAUCCUGAACAUGUGUCAGAUGUUUCUGAAGCCCUGCGCGAUGGUGCCGGACACGUCCUUCUGUCUGCCUGCCACCGAUGUGGUUUAUGAUCAGGACUGUGUGUUGAGAAACUCUGUGUCCUCAGAUUCGGAUCUCCACAAACAUCUGCUCAUCCCCACCAACGACCAGUACAAACGAGCACAGCCCGCAUCAGGCCCGAGCAACACCUUACCGGAGACAGAUGCUGCGUCGCAGCCAGACCGACAGCCGCCGCACGGCUACAAGCUCAGAAACUUCUACACUAAACAGUAUUUCAAACAGAACGCUAAUCAGAACCUCGGCCCGUGUUUCGGGUCUGGCGCUUUCGGAGGGAUGGAGGAACGAUUAACAGCAAGCGCUACCAACCAAUCGCUGCCACAGAACCACACACAAACAUCCAGUAUUGUGACAGACUCCACCCACCCGCCCGUGCCUGAGCCCGCUGCCCCUCCCACCGCUCGUAUCCUACGCCCUAAAAAAGCUGUGUACCUGAAGAAGUUCAACUACUUGCGUUCUCACGUCAGCGUGGACGGGGAAGAGGCCGAUGUCCGAUGUGAUCAGCAGGAGGCGAUGCUAACCGAUCCCAGCAGCACAGACGUGCCCACUGAAGCCCUGACCUCUGACCCUGCUGAUGCUGACCCUGCUGAGACUGUGAUCUCUGACCCAGCGGAGGUGUCUCAGUUAAAGACGACACCUGCAGAAGACACUGCUAACCCUGAAGUGAGACCUGACACUGAUAGGUCAGAGGUCAGGAGUAAUAAAUACUGUUGUGAGCUUUGUGGAAAGACCUUUAAACAUCCAAGUAACCUUGAGCUGCACACGCGCUCACACACAGGUGAGAAGCCAUUCCAGUGUAACCUUUGUGGUAAAAGAUUUUCACAGGCAGGAAACCUCCAGACACAUCUACGACGUCACUCGGGCGAGAAACCCUACAUCUGUGAGCUCUGUGGUAAAAGUUUUGUGGCGGCAGGUGAUGUUCAGCGUCACAUUAUGAUUCAUUCGGGAGCUCGACCGCACCUGUGUGAUGUCUGUGGACGAGGCUUUAGUAACUUCAGUAACCUAAAGGAACACAAGAAAACUCACAGCACAGAGAGCGAGUUCACCUGCGAUCAGUGCGGAAAAUCCUUCAACAUGCAGCGUAAACUCAUCAAACACAAAGCGAGACACACAGGAGACAAACCGUACAGCUGCCAGACCUGCGGAAAGUGUUUUGCAGGGUCAGGUGACCUACAGCGCCACGUGCGCUCACACACGGGUGAGCGGCCAUAUGCGUGUGACACCUGCGGGAAAAGUUUUACACGCACCGCAGUUCUGCGCAGACACCGCAGCUCCCACUGCACGUCUGCAGACGCUGAACAGACGCUCUGUGCAGACGGACCCCCACGCAUGUGACAUCAGGCCCUGUUGGGGGCCGGCCAUGAUAACUUAUGAUAACUGGACCAGUGGGAGUCAGCCGUAUGCCAUGUAUGCCGUAAUGUGAUUAUUUCUGUGUAAAAUUCACUCAGGGAUUAUAUUUGUUUUUUUUCUCAAUUAAAUGUUAUUUAGUAAUAAACUGGAUUAUUUCUUUGAUCACAUGCA